CGGGUGUCCGUAUAAAAGCGAAAAAGCCCCCUCGGCACAAAUGCUUCGUUGAGAUAACAAGCGCAAACCCUAGCGAGAACGAGCCGACGAAGCCAGAGCUUCGAGACCAUCUGUGCAAGCGGCCGCAGCUCGCAAAAUGACUUUCAAGCGCAGGAACGGAGGUCGCAACAAGCACGGCCGAGGCCAUGUCAAGUUCAUUCGCUGCUCCAACUGCGGCAAGUGCUGUCCUAAGGACAAGGCAAUCAAGAGGUUUCUCGUGAGGAAUAUUGUCGAGCAAGCUGCUGUCAGAGAUGUCCAAGAAGCUUGCGUCUAUGACAAUUAUACUCUUCCAAAGCUGUAUGCCAAGAUGCAAUAUUGUGUGUCGUGUGCCAUCCACUCCCAUGUUGUGAGGGUUCGAUCUCGCACGAAUAGGAGGAACCGAGCGCCUCCACAGCGCUUCAUCAGACGCCGUGACGAUGCACCGAAGCCUGGUCAGCCUGGUCAGGCACCUCGUGUUGGAGGCCCUCCUGCUCGCACCUGAGGCAAACUGAACCUAGUCUUGCAUAAUCCCAAGUGCUACUGAUUGCAUGCAUGGCUUUUCGGGACCAAUAUUUUUUCGUUUGAAAGUUUUGAUGUAUGGUUGCGGCUGCCCGUAAGUACUAUAUUGCUCUUCUUCAAGUCCUUGUUCAGAUUUUAGGUACCUUCUUUAAUCAAUGUGCAUCUAGACCAGGGAAUCAGUCUGAAAUACAUAGCAUAGGCAACUAUACCUUUGCCCUA